AUGGCCUGCUUCUAUGCUGAGAGUGAUUUACAGGCCCAGCUAGAGUCUAGCUCUCUGUUGAAUGAGGGGCUGAAGGAGGAGCUGAGUGCAUCGAAUCGCCAUGUGGUCGCCCUGAGCGCUGAGAUCGAGACCGUGCGAAACCUACUGGAAACCGCAGAGCGCAGCUGUAAGACAGCAGAGCAAGAGCUGCAGGAUGGGCGGGACAGAAUACAAAUGAUCCUCUCUCAGAACAUAAAUCUUAUAAAUCAGAAGAAAAAAUAUGAAUAUGACAUUGAGCAACUGAAUCAACAAGUUGAGAAAUUAGUGCAAGAAUUCCGUGUGGAAGCUGAAAGCAGCCGAAAGGCCAGAAACGAGGUAAUAGCAGUGACUGAGAAGCUGAAGAAAGAACAGGAAAUCAAAUCCAACCUGGAAUUGGCCAAAAAGAGCCUGGAACUGACCAUCAAAGACUUGCAGGAACAGCUGGAUGAUGCUGAGAUGGGGGCACUGAAGAACAGCAAGAAACAGCUGCAGAAGAUGGAGGCUCGGAACCGAGAGUUGGAGGAGGAAAUUGCCACUGAGAAGAAGAAGAAUGCUGAGUUACAAAGAGGGAUAAGGAAGCAGGAACGCUGUGUUAAAGAACUCAACUUCCAGACUGAAGAAGAUCAAAAAAAUUUAAAAAGGCUACAGGAAGUUAUUGACCAAAUGCAGCUGAAGAUGAAAAGUUACAAGCAGCAAACUGAGCAUGCAGAGGAACAGGCCAACGUCAACCUCUCAAAGUUCCGGAAAAUCCAGUACGAGCUGCAAAAUGCAAAGGACCGAGCGGACGCAGCCGAAAAUCAAGUGAACAAACUGCGGCCAAAGGCAAUGCAGCUCCACAGUUAGGGUAGCGACUGAUGGAAUGCAAGAUGACUUCAUGACCAGACAUGAGCCGCGAUGAAAUUUGAUUGCUUGAGCUGAGACACUAGUUUAGAGAAUCGAGGAGAUCUUGCUGACAAUGCUAUGCCCCGGUUGUGAAAUCAAAGAUCAUGGGAGGGCUGUGACACAUAGAGUUUUGCCAAUAGCUAAACAAGAUUUACUUCGAAUAAUCAUUUUAUUGAAAUUUUUUAAAGAUUUAAUGAAAAUAUGUUGGCUUUUUCACCAAGCAUGGAAACAUGACUGAUUCACCCUUGUUAGAGAAAAUGCCUCUGGCGCCAUCACUGCACCAUUUUAAUGUUUUAUAGGACUCUGCAGAGUCACGGAAAUACACAAACGUACAUAUGUGGCUCAGUGGUAGCACUUUUCUGAGUCAGGAGGUACCAGAUUCAAGACCUACUGCAGGCUUCUAGAUCGUAAUUGAGGCAGUCCCCAGGGAUUCCUGCAUGUUGCAGAUUCUGUCUUUCACAUUUAAUGUUUAACCAGAAAAUACUUCCCCACCCCACUGGCUGACGUAGAUGCAAGAGAUGCCACUGUUGAAGAGGAGUAAGCUUGUCUCCUGGUCAACAUUUAUUUGCUCAACUCAGAUUAAAUGAUCAAUGAUCCAUCACUGAUGAGACGUUGCUAUGUGGAGACUGACUAGUUGCUGCGCUUUUCCUGACAUUACUGAGUGACAAAGCAUUUUUAAUUGAGAAGUGGACGUGAAAGUCACUAUAUCAGUCCAAAUUCUUUCCUUGCUCAUUGUAGAAGAACUGCCAUUAUAAUGUUGAAAAUGAAGAAGCAACUGCAUUUCCCUCCCAAAGAUCUGAGCUCCACUUCCUCAUCACUCGUGAUGCAGAAUCUUUGGGAGAGGGUUUGGAAAGAGGUGUCUUUAAGUUGGAAAUGGACAACCUGAUCAGAGCAUCUGAGUGCAGAACUGGGAAAAUAUGGUGUCCCUUAUUUAAAAUGAGCAAAAAUAAUUUACUACAUCCUGAUCAGGGGUGAGGAAAAUAAAACAAAAUGUUACAAUCAAAACAGAAAGAUUUGGAGUUGCCUCAAG